AAAAAAACAAGAAAAAUAAUAAAAAGAGUAAUCGUGGACCAAGACACAAGUCAACCACUAGUCUUUGUCAUAGAGAAAGAACAAAUAAGGCUUUGAAGCAUCCAUCUUCCUAUGUAAGUUUCCUUAAAGAAACUGUUACACACAAGUACUCAUUUUCUUACAAACACUAAACAUCGAAGCUUCCUUUCUAAAGUAAAGUCUUCAGACCAAGAAAAGGGAAGAUCACGCAUUCUUAUAGGCGUAAUUCGUAAAUAGUGGUGAGUAUGAAUGAUGCAGACACAAACUUGGGGAGUAGUUUCAGCGAUGAUACUCACUCUGUGUUCGAGUUUCCGGAGCUAGACUUGUCAGAUGAAUGGAUGGAUGAUGAUCUUGUGUCUGCGGUUUCCGGGAUGAAUCAGUCUUAUGGUUAUCAGACUAGUGAUGUUGCUGGUGCUUUAUUCUCAGGUUCUUCUAGCUGUUUCAGUCAUCCUGAAUCUCCAAGUACCAAAACUUAUGUUGCUGCUACAGCCACUGCUUCUGCCGACAACCAAAACAAGAAAGAAAAGAAAAAAAUUAAAGGGAGAGUUGCGUUCAAGACACGGUCCGAGGUGGAAGUGCUUGACGACGGGUUCAAGUGGAGAAAGUAUGGGAAGAAGAUGGUGAAGAACAGCCCACAUCCAAGAAACUACUACAAAUGUUCAGUUGAUGGCUGUCCCGUGAAGAAAAGGGUUGAACGAGACAGAGAUGAUCCGAGCUUUGUGAUAACAACUUACGAGGGUUCCCACAAUCACUCAAGCAUGAACUAAGACUCGAACUAAGGCUCAAGGCGACCAUGCUAUAUUCAGCACAUCUUAUUUUCUAUGGUUACGAACGAUACUUAAAACUGCUUCUAGUUCUUUAUAUCCAUUGUAAACUGGUUGCAGGUUCACAAAUUUUGAGAGGUUUAUGACAUUCUAAAUCUGUAGUACUUCUAUAGCAUCUUAUUUUGCUACAAGUGAGAAUUGAUGGACGUAACAGUCCAGAGAACCUCAUAUCAUAUCAUAAACUAGCAAUCUUAGAAUAUCAAUGCAAAUCUAAGCAGAUAAUUACCAGAACAAUUCCCA